AUGGAAAACAUUGCCUACUUUAUGCAAACCACACAAAAAGCUGGACUCAAACUAAAUUGGACACUGAAGGCACUUCAUAAGAAUGCCGACAUGGAUGCUGUACUAUUAUCUUUAAUUGAUUUAUCCAAUCACAUUAAACAGAAUAAUAAUGAAGGAUUCAAGGGACCAUUCUUGGAAUUGGGAAGUUCUACUGCUACCACCACCACUACUACUACUUCUGCUGCUUCCUCUGAUAAUUCAUCAUCCACAUCAUCACCAGCAUCUGUAGGAACAUCAUCACCCCAAGUGAAAACAAGUGUUCCCGAACCAACAACACCAAAAGUCAUCAAGAAAACAUCAAAUAAUGUAACACCUGGUACUGAUUCGAAUGUUGAUUCACCACCGACCAUUACAAGUAGCAGUAAUGGAGGUGUUCAAUCUAGAUUAAAGAGAUUUUUUGGAGGUGGAUCAAACGAAUCUAAAACAAAUGAAACUAAAUCAGAACAAACACCUUCUCCACCAGUUACUUCAAAUAUUUCGACAACAUCAGCAACAACAACACCAACAAAACAAUCAACAAUUCCAUCUGUUACUUCUACUCCACCAGUUUCGAAUACUAGUUCAACACCAUCAUCAACUAAUAGCACUCCUGUAAGGACAUCGUCUGCAACAAGUGUCACAACUCCACAAAAUUCUUCCUCAAGGAAUCUUCUCAGUUCACCAGCAAGUUCUUCAUCCCUAACUGGAUCAUCACCAAGAAGAUCAAUUGGAGGAAAUUCAGAUGAUGACGAUGACGAUGAAGAUGAAGAAGUGAUGGAUGAAGAAAUUUUAACUCAUGUUAAAAAGUUGAAGGAAAGUGUGGAAAAUCCAACUCCUGAAUAUUUGAGAGUUUUAAAUCAAAAAUUGGAAGCCAAAUCACUCAAGUGGUGCAACAAAUUUGCCAAUGAUAAGGGAGCUUUCUAUUUGGGAGAAAUUAUCAUAACAACCAAUAAGAAGUAUAAAGGAGCUAAUGAAAAGAGUAUUCAGGAACAAGCUUUGAAUUGUCUCAAUACUUUGAUUGAUGUUGGAGCAUUAAAUGGUAUAAUCAAAUAUACAUCAAUUGUCUUUGCAAUUGUCAUGUUAACAGAUAAUAAGGAAUCAUUGAAAACAAGAGUGAUGGCUCUUGAAUUGUUAUCACUUAUUUGCACUUUUAAUGAACAAGGUUUUUGGGUUGUUUUGGAAGCUUUUGGACAGUGUAAAGUUGAAAAGAGAGAACCAAAGAGAUUUUUCGAUAUUGUUGAUGGGUUGAAGAAUGAAAAGGAUGAGAAAUUCAAAGCAUUCUGUUUAUUAUUAUUCAAUUCCCUUAUUAACACACCUCAAGAUACCUCAAUAAGAAUUUUAUUGAGAAAUGAAUUGAAAUCUCUUGGAUUGGAUGAUAUUGUUACAAAACUUCAAAAGGAUGUUGAUAGUGAUACUAUCAAAGAGGAAAGUCUUAAGGAUCAAAUCAGAGCUUUUGAUGAAGAAAUGAUGUCCAGGUUUAUUGAAAAUGAUGAUGAUGAAGAUGAGGAGGAAGAAUCUAACAGUUCUCUGAUUGACACCAAGUCUAUUAAGGAUCCACUCCAAUUGAUGAAGUUAUUAACUAUCAAACUUGGUGGUAGUUCAGUUGGUAUCAGUAAUUUGAGAAAUAUUUUACAACAUUUAUUGGAAUACACCCAAAUUAUUCCUCAUGAAAUGGAUGAUAUCAACAAGUCUGACAAGAUUCUCCAGGACAGUUGGAAGAAUAUUGACAACAUGUUGCAUGCUCUCACCAACGAUUCAAUCAUGACCAAGAAUGUAGUAGCUGAUGUGAUAAAGAGUGAAAAGAUGUUAAAGAUUCUUUUACAAAAAGGUAACAAGAAAUCGAAGGAAUUGGAUCAAGAGGUUGAAAACUUGAAGAAGGAAAAUGAUGCUCUCAAAAGAGGAGUGAAAUAUGAACCAGAAAUAACAUUGCCAUCAGGUUCUGGAGAUGCUAAGCCAACAACUGAAGUUGCCAUGUUGACAAAGCUUGUCAAACAACAGAAAGAAAAGCUCGAAGCUAUGAAAAUUUCACUUGAAGAUUUAGAGAAGCAAAAUAUUGAUCUUUUGAGAAAUAUUAAGGAAAAAGAUGCUGCUAUUGAAUCAUUCAGGUCAACUGGUGUCAUGCCAACCAACGUGACGACUUCAACUGAAGGUGUUCCACCAAUUCCAAGUGGAGGCGAUUCAUCGCUUAUUCCACCACCACCAAUUGGUGGUGAUGUGCCUCCUCCUCCUGGUAUGGGAAUUCCACCUCCUCCUGGUAGUUCUGGCGUUCCUCCACCACCUGGUGGUGUCCCUCCUCCUCCUGGUGGAGGCGUUCCAUUGCCACCUGGUGUUCCAAAGACUCCAGAAAUCAAAUUACCUGAUUUACCAAAGAGAAGUUCCAAGAAACCACUCAGAAACUUCUAUGGUGAUCCUAUCAGAAAGCAAAAAGUUGGUACUACCGCUUGGGUUAAGGAUGGUAUUGCUGAAAGAACCAAAGAUAUUGAUAUCGAUCCAAAUGAAUUGGAAGAUCUCUUCUCCAAUGUACCAAAGGAAAAGGAAUCUACCAAAAAGGAGAGAAAGAUCAAAGAGUUGGUUUCAUUCAUCGAUCCUCAAAAAUCGAACAAUCUCUCAAUUUUGCUUGGUUAUUUGCGUCUUGACAAUGAAGACAUUAAGAAUGCCAUUAUAGAUAUGGACGACGAAAUACUUUCUCAACAAAAUAUCGAAUCAUUGAAGGAUAAGGCCCCAACUGAAGAAGAAAUUCAAUCAAUUAUGGCUUAUACAGGUGAUAAGGAUUUAUUGGCUCCAGCUGAUAAAUUCUAUUUGGCCAUCAAGGAUGUUCCAAGAUUGGCUGGAAGAUUGAGUUGUUGGGCUUUCAAGUACAAGUUUGAAUCUAGUAUUCCUGUAGUUAUUCCAGAUUUGGAGACUGUCUUGUUUGCAUCUCAGGAAGUUCAAAGAAGUAAGAAAUUCAAAGAAUUACUUACAGUUAUUCUUGCCAUUGCAAACUUUUUGAAUGCCAACUCAUCUAAGAAGGAUUCCUAUGGUUUCACACUUUCUAGUUUGUCAAAGUUGAAGGAUACUAAAGCAGUUGAUGGUAAGACAACCUUACUUCAAUAUAUUGGUAUCUUCUGUACAAAGAAGAAUCAAAAUGUUUUGAGAAUUAGAGAAGAUUUCGGUAAUUUGGAAAUGGCUACAAGAGUGUCCUUUCCAGAAACUCUUUCUGAAAUCUCCAAGUUGAAAGCAGGUGUUGAAGAAAUUGAAAAAGAAUUGAACAGACCAGAGUGGAAGAAUAAUAAGAACGACAAGUUCUAUAAGAUUAUGAGCGAAUUUUUGGAAAAUGCUAAGGGUGAUAUGCGUGUUGUCAAUAUUUUGACAGGAAAGAUUGAACUCAGUCUCAAGACUUUGGCAGAUCUCUAUGCAGAAGAUGAAAAGAUUUUAACAAAGAAUCCAACUGAAUUCUUCAUGCAAAUAUUCACAUUCUUGGAAUCAUUCCUUUCCAGUUUGGAAGAUUAUUUGAGACAAAGAAUUUUAGAAAGAAGGAAGAGAGAAAAGAGAGAAAAACAAAGACAAUUGGAGUUGAGAAAGAUGCAACAACGAAAACAAAUGGAAUUAGAAGCACUCAAAAAGAAGAAACAACAAGAAACCUCACCUGCAGCUGCAGGUGGUGAACUAACACCAGAAUCAGGAGAAAAACGAAAUAUCAAACAAGCUAUCAGACAAAGAAAGCAAAGCAUGAUGUCAGGUGAAGCUUUCAGAGACAAGAGAGAAUCCAGAAUGGCAGUCAAACAACAACAAGAGUCAUCCUCACUCCCAUUCCCAGUCAAUCUAAGAAAAACAAAAUCCGAAGCAGUUGAACAAUAAAAUUUCUUAUUUUCAC